CGCGUUUUAAUGCAAUUGUAAGUAACAACAAUACCCAUCAUUUCUUGACUGCAAAACCUCCAAUGGCGUGGGUCACGAAUCUCCACCUCGGCCCGCCGUCUCCUCGACGACCGGUUUUCACAGUCACCGGACCACACGAGGAGGAGCCAUUACAACAAGAUCACCGCGAAUUCUAUCAUCACCUCAACCCUUUCGCUUUCGAUUUCGAAUUGUUCUCCCAUCCCAACCGUUCUUCAAACCCCUCAUUCUUCGACGACUACAACGUCGCCGCCCGGCGCGACUGCGACGAGCGUAAUAGCUUCUACAUCGCAGGCGAGGACGACAACGCCGACGCCGACGACGACGACGACGAAGAACAGAUGAAUUUCGUAACAAAUCUGUUCGAAUCGCGGCAGACGAGCCUCGUGGAAGAUCCAAAUUGGGAGCGCAAUGUUCGGGCAGAGCUAUCGCCUCCCGAAUUCGGAUUCGGUCCCGGCCUCCGGGUUGUGAACAUGGAUUCGGAGUCCGAUUCCGAGGAUUUCGAGGUAACUUCCGCAUACAUUGACGAUUACGAAGAUUCCGGAAUUAACAUCUAUCAUAGCAAUGGGAACGAGAGAGAAGAGGAGCUUGGAUGGGAGGAGGUUAGCGAGAGGAUCCAUUCCGACGAGGGAGAAGAUCUGAAUUCAUUGAUAAGCAGGAUUGAGGAACUCUCUGUAUCAUCAGAUAUCUCUGAUUGGGAACCAUCUCUAGGCGAUGAUCUACCAGCCGAUGAGGAAUUGCGCAGGCUAGAAUGGCAAUUGUUGCUGGCAGCCAAUAACUUAGAAAGGGAGCUCGAGAAUUUAACAGAAAGCAGAAGCAAUGAAGAUUACAUCAUGGCAGGAUUCGACACCCUCUUAGGGACAUUUGUCGAGAAUGAAACUGCUGCAAAGGGCAGUCCUCCGGCGGCCAAGUCUGCCGUGGAGAGUCUGCCCACAGUGGUGGUGACAACUGGGAACGGGGGACUCGUUUGUGCCAUCUGCAAAGACGAUUUUGUGGUAGGGGAGAAAGCUACCCAAAUGCCUUGUGGGCAUAGGUUCCAUGGAGGAUGCAUUUUUCCAUGGCUUCGGAUCAGGAAUACGUGCCCAGUUUGUCGGCAUGAGUUGCCUACAGAUGAUGCGGAUUAUGAGAAGAGGAGACGCGGCCGGGGAGGAGUUGACAAUGAUCGUAUCCGACUAGAGGUACGCCUAUGAAGUUCAAUUCAAUUAAGUUCUUGGGGCAUUGUUUUAGAGAGGAUAUCUGCCUUUUGAUGUUGGUGGUGAAGUGUUUGAAAGCUUUUUUGUGGAUAUAUUACACUACAUAAUGAAGUUGUAGUUUUGGCGUAUGAAAAAGAUGUUCCAGUCUGCAGUGUUGGAAGAUUGAGAUGAUCUGAUCACUCACCUAAAACAAUAUUGCAAGAUGAUGAAAUUAAAGUGCACAUUUGAUUGGAA